GCGCCGGCGGUGUGCGCGUGCGCGGCCAGGCGGCUCGGGGACUGGCGGGGCGGAGGGCGACCUGCGAGCGGCGGUGGCGGCGACCGGGGCCCUCCCUGCCGGCCAUGGCCAAGCGGCUGCGGAGCAGCGACGUCUGCGCGGAUUGCAGCUCCGCGGAGCCGAGCUGGGCCUCCGUCAACCGCGGCGUCCUGCUGUGCGAUGAGUGCUGCAGCGUCCACCGCAGCCUCGGCCGGCACAUCUCCCAGGUGCGGCACCUGAAGCACACGCCCUGGCCCGCCACGCUCCUGCAGAUGGUGGAAACCUUAUACAACAACGGCGCUAAUUCCAUCUGGGAGCAUUCGCUGCUGGACCCGGCCUCGGUCAUGAGCGGACGGCGCAAAGCAAACCCUCAGGACAAAGUGCACCCCAACAAGGCGGAAUUCAUUCGGGCAAAAUAUCAGAUGCUGGCCUUCGUUCAUCGUUUGCCAUGCCGGGACGACGACAGUGUGACCGCCAAAGACCUCAGCAAGCAACUGCACUCCAGCGUCAGGACGGGCAACCUGGAGACCUGCCUGAGGCUUCUCUCGCUGGGGGCACAGGCCAACUUCUUCCACCCGGAAAAAGGGAACACCCCGCUUCACGUCGCUGCCAAGACGGGGCAGGUUUUGCAAGCUGAGUUGUUGGCUGUGUACGGGGCUGAUCCUGGCACCCCAGACUCGUGCGGGAAGACGCCCGUGGAUUAUGCAAGGCAAGGAGGCCACCAUGAGCUGGCCGAGCGCCUGGUGGAAGUACAGUAUGAACUCACCGAUCGGCUGGCCUUCUAUCUCUGUGGCAGAAAACCCGAUCACAAAGGCAGGCAGCAUUUUAUUAUACCUCAGAUGGCAGACAGCAGCUUAGACGUCUCGGCGUUGGCCAAAGCAGCCAGGAAGAAGCUUCAGUUGCUGAGCAAUCACCUGUUCGAAGAGCUGGCCAUGGACGUCUAUGACGAGGUGGACCGGCGGGAGACGGACGCAGUGUGGCUUGCGACCCAGAACCAUAGCACUCUGGUCACCGAGACAACCGUGGUCCCUUUCCUUCCUGUCAACCCGGAGUACUCCUCAACCAGGAACCAGGGAAGGCAGAAGCUGGCCCGCUUUAAUGCCCACGAGUUUGCCACGCUCGUCAUUGACAUCCUGGGGGAUGCCAAGCGGAGGCAGCAGGGCAACCCCAUUCCAAGCGCCACAGAGAACGUGGAGCUGAUCCUCAGGGCGGUCAACAGCCAGCAGGGCCCGGCGGGUCACGAGGCCGACCAGCCCGACUACGACAGCGUUGCCUCCGAUGAAGAAGGCGACCUGGGAAGCAGUUCAGGGAAGGCCUCUCGGCAGAAGAGCCUGGACUCCGACUUGUCUGACGGCCCCGUCACUGCCCAGGAAUACCUGCAGGUGAAAAAGGCCCUGGUGGCUUCGGAGGCAAAAAUCCAGCAGCUUUUGAAGGUGAACGUCAACUUGAGCGAUGAGCUGAGGACCAUGCAGAAGAAGCUUCAGAGCCUGCAGAGCGAAAACACCAGCCUCCGACGGCAGGGCCCCCCCAACCCGCACCCAGCUCCGGCUGGGCCCGAGUACGCGGACACGGCCUCCGUUCGGCGCCCCUCCUUGCGCGGCAGCCGGCCCAUGUCGAUGUACGAGACGGGGUCCGUCCAGAAGCCCUACCUGCCCCUCACCGAAGCCUCCUACCCCGAGGAGCACAUCGGGCCCCGGCUGCAGCUCUUCCACGUGUCCCGGCUGGAGAAGCAGAGCAGCUUGCCCGAGGGGGAUUACGACAACACCACCCCUGCUCUGGAGCUGGACGAGACGGGGCUCACCCGGAAGGCAAGGCAGCGGAGCGGCCUCGGGCCAGAGGGCAAGGACCCCGAGGCCUACCCCAGCCUCAGCUUCCCCAGCACCGAGGAUGUGAUUCGGAAGACGGAGCAGAUCACCAAGAACAUCCAGGAGCUGCUGAGGGCGGCUCAGGAGAGCAAGCACGAGAGCUACGUCCCCUGCUCGGAGAGGAUCCACCUGGCUGUCACCGAGAUGGCAGCCCUCUUUCCGAAAAAGCCGCCGUCGGAGCUGGUGCGCACCCCGCUGCGGCUGCUGACCUCCAGUGCCUUCCGCCUGCACUCUGAGUGCGCAAAGGCCCUCCCGCCCGAGUCUUGCUCCACAGCCGACGUCCAGCUGGUCACCCAGCAGGUCAUCCAGUGCGCCUACGACAUCGCCAAGGCUGCCAAGCAGCUGGUCACCAUCACAACCAAAGAGAACGCCAACUGAGCGGCCUCUGGCGCAGCCUUUGCCGUCGCCCUGGAAACCGUGUUCAGGUUUUCAGGGGAAGCUCUUUUUACAGGAAUAUUUAAAGCGGUGCGUUACCAUUUUUUUAAAGGAAACUCAGUAUUAAAUUUUGUGCAUGUUUUUUUUCUAAGAAGACUUUUUCCCAGGACUGCCAAAAUCCACUGCCUUAUUUGGUGCUCUGUAUUUGCCGGCCUCGAGCGCCCAUGCUGGGAGUCUGCCUGGAGUCAACCAUCCCAUCACCAGCUGACGGGACCGUUUUGCUGUUGCGAGGAGCGGAGUUCGAAUCCUGCACUCUUUGUAGCCCCCGCCGGGAACUCGGACGCCCAGAGCGGGACCCUGGAAUCCUGCUGUGCAGCUGCUUGGCCCCAUCGAACCACUAGAGAGCAACCUCUUGAGAUACAGGGACUGGUCGAAAGGACACCCCACUUUCCUGCUCGGUCUGCCUGGGGCCCAAAGCCGCCCCCCACCCCCACCCCACCCCCAAGAGCAGGCGGUGCUUGUAGAGGAAGGAGCGGCCUCCCUCCCUCUGCCCCUCCCCAGGCGGCUCCUCGUGCUGGGUUUCCUGGAAAGUGCUUUUGCAGAAUGGCUGUGGCUUGGGAGGCCUCGUGCCUUCCCCGGUGUGGAAA